AUGUCUUUCUUUAACUUCAAAGGCUUUGGUCGCAAUUCGAAGAAGAAUAAGAUCCAACCGCAUAAUUUAGCGAAUUCCCCAGCUCCUCCAAUAAAUAAUGUGUAUUCCACAUCGCAUAAUAGUGGAUCAAGAAUAUCAUUGCGGAGAAAUCAGUCUCCUUCAAGACACUCGCAGGCCAGCGUCGCAUCACUUCAACACCAGCAGCAACAGCAGCACCGGCAUUCGAUAGAACAUUCGCCCGAAAGAUGUGAUUCUCAGCAGAUUAUGUUUUUGAGCGAACCGUUUGUUAGAACAGCUCUCGUGAAAGGAUCCUUCAAGACCAUCGUGCAACUGCCCAAAUACGUCCAUGUGGGUGAAUGGAUAGCCCUUAACGUCUUUGAGUUCUUCACGAAUCUGAACCAAUUCUACGGUGUCAUUGCAGAAUACGUGACGCCUGAUGUAUAUCCAACGAUGAACGCAGGCCCUCACACCGACUACCUUUGGUUGGACGCAAAUAACAGGCAGGUUUCCCUGCCAGCUAGCCAGUACAUUGAUCUGGCAUUGACAUGGAUUAACAAUAAGGUGAAUGACAAAAGCCUAUUUCCCACGAAAAAUGGAAUCCCGUUUCCGCAGAAUUUUCUAAAAGAUAUCCAGAGAAUCAUGAUACAGUUGUUCAGAAUAUUCGCACAUAUGUACCAUCAUCAUUUUGAUAAAAUUGUUCAUCUUUCCUUGGAAGCACACUGGAACUCAUUCUUUGCACAUUUUAUAAGCUUUUCGAAGGAGUUCAACAUCAUCGAGAGGAAGGAAAUGUAUCCGCUUCUACCACUCAUCGAAAGCCUGGAAGCUCAAGGGAAGAUUAUAUGA